UCAAUCAAAAAGCGUGUCUCCCGCCCAGAGCACAGAGCAAGCAGCCAAGAAGUGUUUCGUCCCCGAGGCGAGGAUCAAAACCGAUCCCCAAAACCGUAUCGAAGGGCGUGAAGCAGUCGCAAGACUCAGCCAAUUACAAUUUCUAAAAAGUGUUUGCCAAAAGAAACAAUUAAAUUAUAAUUCGAGCGCGAUUUCCCGGUGUCGUGUGUCCCGUGCCCAGCAGGCAAGGCAGGAGGUGCGCCAGCAGCCCCAUGUGAGGCGGCAGGAGAGGCAAGAGGCAAGAGAAUAUAUCGCCAACGGUCCAUGGGUCAAUAUCAUAAUCUGAGACAGCAGCAGGAGGAGCAGGAGAAGCAGCAGAGGCAGACGGAGCAGAAGGAACAGGAGAAGCAGUGAGAGCAGCAGAGGUGGAAGAGAGCAGGCGGAACAGUGGAAGCAGGCGGAACACUCGUCGUUGAAGCAGCAAACAAGUCGCCAGAGGCGGCAAGGAGCACUGGACGUUGUCAUAAAUCAAAGCGACGCAAUUUGCUGCUGACGAACUGCGUGCAACGGCAGCAGCAACAACAGGGGCAGCAAACAGACAAGAAACAACAACAACUAUGCCAUUACUGCUGGCCACAACGCUCGGCAACAAUUCCCAUCAUCAACACUUGAGCUCUGUCGAACAGUCAGCAGCCGCAGCAGCAUCCAGCAUGUUGCUGACGUCCCAAGCAGCCGCAGCAGCAGCAGCAGCAUCAUCAGCCGCAACACACUGCCUUGCAACAGCAACAUCAGCUACACACUGUCUGGCCGCAGCAGCAGCAGCAACUAGAACAGCAACAACAACAACAGCUUCGGCAGGUGUUAAUGUUCAAAUUACUGGCAAAGGCGUUGCGCUAGUCAAUGAUCAACUGCAACUGCCACAACUAACAGCAACAUCAGCAGCUAAUUAUGCCGCUAACGUUGGCCAUUUGAAUGGCUUUAACCCUAAAGACAACUGCCCACCAGUUGCAGUUGCAGCCAGCAAAGAGGAGCAGCAGCAGAGCUAUGAGGGAUUGCUGCGCCUGCCGCAGAUCCAAGUCAAACAGGAAUUCAUGGAGUCGUUGCUGGACAGAGCCAGCCAAAAUCCCAUGAGCCAGCAGCAGCAGGCAGCGGCAGCGGCAGCAGAUAAUCGUUGGCGAAAAUCCAGCAGCAGAACGGGCUCGGGCCGGGCCGGGCCGGGCCGUUGCCAGACUCCCAGCGAUCCAUGCGAUCCAUAUGCGAUUUGUUUGCUGCAUUUUCGGCGGGGCAUAUUGCGUUGGGGUCUGGGGCUAUGGCUGCAGAUGGAGAUGGAGAGGGAGAGGGAGCGGGAGCUGGUACUGGUGCUGUGGCACUGA